AUGAAACGUAUUCAAAAAGGUCCUGUUCGUGGUAUUUCCUUCAAAUUGCAGGAAGAAGAGCGUGAACGAAAAGACAACUACGUACCAGAAGUUUCAGCCCUGGCCAUUGAUAAUAUAGAGAUUGAUCCGGAGACAAAAGAACUCUUAAAAGUUUUGAAUCAUGAAAACCUGUCGGGUAUUAAUGUGAUCAACCCUGUGCCAUUGAAUAAUCUUGCUGAACGUCCUCGUGGUCCGAGACGUCCUAAUACUGAUCGUCCACCUCGUCAACAACAAGAAUCAUAA